UCUGGGAGCUCGCUGCAAUGGAACAACAAGGAUGAUGGCAAGGAUCGGCGACGAUGAUGAGAGGGUCGACGGUGGUCCCCCAUCGGCGCUCCAUAGAUAUGUUUUGUUUCUUGCGCCGCACCGCGUAGACGGUCGCCUCGCCGAAGCUCAUCUCGACCGGGAUCUGUGCGGAUCCGUUCACCUCGAUGGGCUCGAAGCCCCCGAGCUCCUCCCCGAAGAAAGCGUCCAUGGUGACAACCCGCGCGCCGGGCUUCAGGCGCAGCGCCAGCUCGGCCAGGGCGGACACAUCUCUGGCUGCAGGCACAAGGUGGCGAUCCAGACGAUGUCGGCGUGCCACCCGAAAUCGGUGCUCAAGAAGUCCGCUGCCCGGAACUCCACCGCCGCGGAGCGCCCAGCCAGGCCCAGGGCCCCCGCCCGCGCGAGGGCCGCGAGCGCCGCGCCGUGCAGGGCCUCCACCAGCUCUAGGCCCAGGCAAAGCCGAAGCUCGGGGAAGGCCACGGCUGAACACCGCGCGCCCAGUGCCGCUGCCCAGGUCCACGAACACCUCCCCGGGCUGCGGGGCGACAGCCCGCGCUAGCGUGCGCCACCAGGGGUAGAAGUGCACCUCCCCGUACGUGAACUCGACGUCGGCCUCGCGGCUCAUCUGUUUCCGACCCUCGAAAGACACCUGCUCGCCGUCGAUGCCCUCGUACGUCGCGUAGAACAUCCCGUACAUGUCCCGCAGCCGAUGGGUCGGCAACUUAGAUCCCUCGUCUUCGAAUCGCAACGAAACUACAAAAUCUCGGCCUUCACAGCUUCACCGGCAUCGUACGCGAAGAGCGGCUCGAAGUCUACGCCGUGGAACUCUGGGCGGUCCGCCGGCAGCGGGGGCGCCGCCCCCGAGUGCAGCAACACCACGGGCUCCACGCCCCCGAAGCAGUGCCAGUAGCGCGUGUCCACGCGGCAGCGCCAGCCCAGCGAGCCAGCAACCUUCCCCGCCGCCCAAUGGAACGAGAGGUCGUCCGUAAGGUCGUCCAGCCGAGGAGCCUUCCCCGACUUCGAGACGAGCAGCGAGGCGUCCCAGGUGCCCCCCGCUGGUAGCGCCACCUCCAGCACGGCGCUCCCGCGGCCCAGGCCGGACGUGUGGAGGUGCAGGAUCCGCGGCCGCGAGGCGUCUUCGGGGGCCUGCAGGCUGUCUGGCAGACUUUCCUGUACUCACGACGUCGAUCAGUCCCCCCCCGCUCGCUCGCACGACGCACCUUUGAUCGGUGCGUGUGGGGGCUGGUCAAUUUUUAGUCAACGCUCCGUUGCCGAUGCGCCGUCUGGGCGCCUGGCUUCUCUGUCUUUGACUGCUCCAUUGGGGAGCAUCCGUGUUAAACGUGUAGGACCCCUCAAAGCUCU